AUGACAAAAACUCUUAAACCUUUAACCAAUUCCUCUCGCAAUACUAUUUUAAUAGAUUACCGGGAAAAAUUAACUCCCAAACCUCCCAAGACCCCUCGCAAACUUCUUUGUUUGCUAAAACCACAUUCCGGACGGAAUAAUCAAGGGAAAAUUACUACUCGCCACCAAGGAGGUCGGCACAAAAGAUUUUACCGAAUCAUUGAUUUUAAACGUUAUCCCAACGAUAAUAUGGAGGGGGAAGUUAAAUCAAUUGAGUAUGACCCUAAUCGGAAUGCUUUCAUUUCUUUAAUUCACUAUCAGAAAAAUAAUAGUUUUUCUUUCAUAAUUACUCCGGAAGGACUCAAAAAAGAUGAUAAAAUAAUCAGCGGAGAAAGCAAAGAUAUUCCAAUUCAGGUCGGGAAUAAUUUGCCUUUGUCUUGCAUUCCAGUCAAUACUCCCAUUCAUAAUAUAGAGUUAAAACCAAAAAAAGGCGGACAACUAAUGAGGAGUGCCGGCACUUAUGCCGAAAUAAUUGGCAAAGUAGGAAACGAUGGACGGGUGCCAGUAAAAUUAGGUUCCAAAAUAGAAUACAAAAUUUUAGCGAACUGCCGAGCAACCAUUGGUAAAGUCAGCAACACGAUGAAUCCAGUUGACCACCCCCAUGGUGGUGGAGAACAAAAAACCGGUAUUGGACGCCCUUCACCGCUUAGUCCCUGA